CGAGCGUGCGUCAGCUGAAGGUUCCUUCCGCUCCGCGUCUCUGUUGACUGGAGACAGGGAAAGCGCCGGCGGUGCCGGUGUUCGGUGACCUCUAGUGAGAUCAGGAGGAUCCAAAGAUUCUGAGUAACAAUGUUGUCAAGACUUUUCCGAAUGCAUGGCCUCUUUGUGGCCUCCCAUCCUUGGGAAGUCAUAGUGGGGACAGUGACACUGACCAUCUGUAUGAUGUCCAUGAACAUGUUCACCGGCAACAAUAAGAUCUGUGGUUGGAAUUAUGAGUGUCCAAAGUUUGAAGAGGAUGUUUUGAGCAGUGACAUUAUAAUUCUGACAAUAACACGAUGCAUAGCAAUCCUGUAUAUUUACUUCCAAUUCCAGAAUUUGCGUCAACUUGGAUCAAAAUAUAUUUUAGGUAUUGCUGGCCUCUUCACAAUUUUCUCAAGUUUCGUAUUCAGCACAGUUGUCAUUCACUUUUUAGAUAAAGAAUUGACAGGCUUGAAUGAAGCUUUGCCCUUUUUCCUUCUUUUGAUUGAUCUUUCCAGAGCAAGUGCACUAGCAAAGUUUGCCCUCAGUUCAAACUCACAGGAUGAAGUGAGGGAAAAUAUUGCUCGUGGAAUGGCAAUUUUAGGCCCCACAUUCACCCUUGAUGCUCUUGUAGAAUGCCUUGUGAUUGGAGUUGGAACCAUGUCAGGUGUGCGUCAGCUUGAAAUUAUGUGCUGCUUUGGCUGCAUGUCAGUUCUUGCCAACUACUUCGUGUUCAUGACUUUCUUCCCAGCUUGUGUGUCCUUGGUUUUGGAGCUUUCUCGGGAAAGCCGCGAGGGUCGUCCAAUUUGGCAGCUCAGUCAUUUUGCCCGAGUUUUAGAAGAAGAAGAAAAUAAACCGAAUCCUGUUACUCAGAGGGUUAAGAUGAUUAUGUCUCUAGGCUUGGUUCUUGUUCAUGCUCACAGUCGCUGGAUAGCUGAUCCGUCUCCUCAAAACAGCACAGCAGAAAAUUCUAAGGUUCCUUUAGGUUUGGAUGAAAAUGUGUCCAAGAGAAUUGAACCAAGUGUUUCCCUCUGGCAAUUUUAUCUCUCUAAAAUGAUCAGCAUGGAUAUUGAACAAGUUAUUACCCUAAGUUUAGCUCUCCUUCUGGCUGUCAAGUACAUCUUCUUUGAACAAGCAGAGACAGAAUCUACACUUUCAUUAAAAAACCCUAUCACAUCUCCUGUAGUGACCCAAAAGAAAGUCCCAGACGAUUGUUGUAGACGUGACCCUGUAGUGGUCAGAAAUAACCAGAAAUUCCAUGCAGUGGAGGAGGAAGCAAAGAUAAACAGAGAAAGAAAAGCUGAGGUUAUAAAACCCUUAGUGGCAGAAACUGAUACCUCAAGCAGAGCUGCGUUUGUGGUUGGUGAUUCCUCUUCACUCAAUGCUUCGCCAGAACUAGAGACCCAGGAACCUAAAAUUGAACUUCCCAAGGAGCCUCGGCCUACUGAAGAAUGUCUGCAGAUACUUGGGAAUGCACAGAAAGGCGCCAAGUUCCUCAGUGAUGCUGAGAUCAUCCAGUUAGUCAAUGCUAAGCAUAUCCCCGCUUACAAAUUGGAAACUCUGAUGGAAAGCCAUGAACGAGGCGUGUCUAUCCGCCGACAGCUACUUUCCAAAAAACUCCCAGAGCCUUCUUCUCUCCGCUAUCUACCUUACAGGGACUAUAAUUACUCCUUGGUGAUGGGAGCUUGUUGUGAGAAUGUUAUUGGAUAUAUGCCCAUCCCUGUUGGAGUGGCCGGACCUCUGUGCCUGGACGGAAAAGAAUUUCAGGUUCCAAUGGCAACAACAGAAGGUUGUCUUGUGGCCAGCACUAAUAGAGGCUGCCGAGCAAUAGGUCUCGGUGGGGGUGCCAGCAGCCGAAUCCUCGCAGAUGGGAUGACGCGUGGCCCAGUGGUGCGUCUUCCCCGUGCUUCUGACUCUGCAGAAGUGAAGGCCUGGCUUGAAACACCUGAAGGCUUCACAGUGAUAAAGGAAGCAUUCGACAGCACCAGCAGGUUUGCACGUCUACAGAAACUUCAUAUGAGUAUAGCUGGGCGCAACCUUUAUAUUCGUUUCCAGUCCAGGUCAGGAGAUGCCAUGGGGAUGAACAUGAUUUCGAAGGGUACGGAGAAAGCACUUUUGAAACUCCAUGAAUAUUUCCCUGAAAUGCAGAUCCUUGCAGUUAGUGGUAACUAUUGUACUGACAAGAAGCCUGCUGCUAUAAAUUGGAUAGAGGGGAGAGGAAAGUCUGUUGUUUGUGAAGCUGUCAUUCCAGCCAAGGUUGUCAGAGAUGUGUUAAAGACUACUACGGAAGCUAUGAUUGAGGUCAAUAUUAAUAAGAAUCUGGUGGGCUCUGCCAUGGCCGGGAGCAUUGGAGGUUACAAUGCCCACGCAGCAAACAUUGUCACUGCCAUCUACAUUGCGUGUGGACAGGAUGCAGCACAGAAUGUUGGUAGUUCAAACUGUAUUACAUUAAUGGAAACAAGUGGUCCCACCAAUGAAGAUCUGUACAUCAGUUGCACCAUGCCCUCUAUAGAAAUUGGAACUGUGGGUGGUGGGACCAACCUGCUCCCUCAGCAAGCCUGUUUGCAGAUGCUAGGUGUUCAAGGGGCGUGCGAAGACAAUCCGGGGGAAAAUGCCCGGCAGCUCGCCAGAAUCGUGUGUGGUACAGUAAUGGCUGGGGAAUUGUCACUGAUGGCAGCAUUGGCAGCAGGACAUCUUGUCAAAAGUCACAUGAUUCACAACAGGUCAAAAAUAAAUUUACAAGACCCCCAUGGAACUUGCACCAAGCAGGCUGCUUGAAUGGCCUGGCAGUUCUGAACUGAAAUACGGGUGUUGUGUUCUAAAGGACUAACAUAAAAUCUGUGAAUUAAAAAGCUCAAGGUUCUUUUGUUGAGAAUGAAUAGAUAUGAUCGGUGAGAUGACUGCUUGGUGUUUGGCUCUUUCACAAAGACCUGAGGUUCUUCUCUCCGUGCAGAUUCCUCAGCUCUGAAGACAGUUUAAUGCUUUAGGUGCUGUGCUCUUUGGAAAGAUCUCAACAUGGCUAUUAUGCUUCCAAGCGUCACAGGUCGUGAUUGACAGUUCGCUUCUGAAAGAGAAAACGCGUGGGGAAAAAAGUGUUUUCUUUUGACGAAAUUCAUGGAGUUCAUGGUGAUCAGUAUGAGGUGGCACUUCCCUGACACCUCCAGCACACUGGGUUGAAAAUGGACUUUUAAAUUAUACUGCAGCUGACAAAAUUCCUGAUUUCAUAGUAAUUUAUUAAGCCUGGGUUGUAGAAUUUUAAGAAAUAAGAGUUAAGUUUAUUUUUUGUAAACUGCUACUUCAUUUGGUGCUGGUCUAUUUUGAUUUUUUUGGGGGGUAGCCAGUGUGAUUCUUCAGAAGAGAACCUGCUUUCUUCAAGGGAAGAAUUACUCUUAUUACCAACCACAGAAUAAUGUGCUAAGCAGUAUAAAAUAGUUCUCUAUCAGGAAAACAAAUCACUACACUUAUCUCUGCAGGCUGUUUGUUCAGUGAGGCCUCUUGUUGAAAUGUAAAUGUAUGUCUAGAUUGGCUAUAACAUAUCUUUCAAUAUAGUGCUUUAAGAAACAGUUUGUGUUCUUUAUUAAAGAUACCAGAGAUCUUAAUAUUGCUUAGACCAGUGAUUUUCAACCUUUUCCAUCUUGUGGCGCAUACAAACCAAUUAAAAUCUGUGGCACACCAAAAAAAAUUUUUUUUUCCCCCAUCUGACCAAAAAAAAAAAAAAAAAACACCCCAAAAAACAGAUAUAAUUUUGAUUCACUCACACUGGAUGGCUAUUGUGUUGGCUGUUGUCAUUUUUUCAUUUGACAAUCUAAGGGGAAGGAGGCCAGUGCCCCUGUCUAAACUAGUCAGGUAUUAUAUGCUUUAAAAAUUCUUGUGGCACACUGGUUGAAAAUUGCUGGCUUAGAUGAAGGUGGUUCUGUUUAUCAAGAACAUAGAAGUCUGUGACCCCUCUGAGAACUCAGAGGAUGGAAAAUAGGUUUGAAGAAAAAUGCCAUUUCUCUAACCAAGUUUAAUUUCUUAAUGAUGCUUACAUUUAUUUAGCUGAAAAAUCUAGACAGUUUUUUGUAAAGAACUGUAUCAAAUCUGUGUAUGUUGUAAUAGAGCUUCUUAUGCUAGUUUAUUGAGAGUAUUGAAGGAGUAAAUAAAAAUCACAAAAAGACUACACUGAUAAAACACUCUGCGCUCAGGCCAGAGAUGACAGUGUUCUUUAAUGUAGUCCAGGAAGCCCUGGUUUGCUUGUGGAGCCCAAUGAAAGGGCAAGUCAAGGGUCAGAGCCAGUGUGAAUGGCCCUGGAGGAGUGUGCCUUGUUCCUGUGGCCAGGAGGUUGGUGACUGAAACAUGCACCCAGGGCUCUUUGAUGGAUCCAUAAAAGCUCUCAGCUUUCUCAGGGGGUCGGCAGAGUUGUUGGAUCUUAAUUUUUUUUAAUAUACAAGUUUUGUAUAAGUAAUAAAAGAAGUCCUUAUUUUGUAUUACAUCUAAUGCUUCAAGUGUUGGUCUUGGAGAGCUGAUGGCUCGUGUGGAAGACGGACUCUGGAGAACAUUCCACUGGUGAAUGUCAUGGCAACAUGAGAGCCUCUGAAUGGUCACGUCUGCAGCAUCGUUGUGGAAGCUGUCUGUAAACUUGAACUUGCUUCUGUUGUGACUUUUCAUCCAGUGACUUAUUUAUCUGAACUUUUCAGAGAAGUGGCAGUGAAAAACAUGUUGAGUCUUCACUUUGAUGAAUAACCAAUAUCAUCUUCCUAAAUUAAUGUUUUGUACAAUUACUAAAUUGUAUACAUUUUGUUAUACUUUUUUCCAGUUCCAGUAAAUUAUGAGAAGUCAAUACUGAUAAGUGUAAGCAGUAACCUUUUUCUUGUUUGGAUUAACCCUGAGGCCUGAAAGCCU